GCCUCGCGGAGAAGGUUCCGGUUUCCGGCCGGAGGGCUUCCAAGAACAGCGCCCCAGCGUGGGUCGGAGCGGGAGCGCCACGGAGGCGGCGGCGGCGGCUGUUCCAGUUCCGGUUACGCGAGAUGCCUGUUAAAAGAUCCCUGAAGUUGGACCUCUUAUUACAGGAAAAUUCCCCCAAAUCUCGGCAAACCAGAAGACAGUUUAUAGCUUCUUACUCACCAACAACAGGAACUCGUCAAAUCAGCCCACGUUCAUCUCCCCAAAAUCAAAAGGGGCGAGAGUUCAGAAAUGGACCACCAAAUGAGCAAAUGGCACUGGAGCCGACUCGCACAUUCCCCAGAAGAGGGCAGCCUCGGGCAGAAGGCAAAGAUGACAUCAUGAUAUUACUCUAUAAAAUUGACAGAUCCUUAGAAAAAUUCACGGAAACAUGGCAAAGUUUAAAACAUUUACAGGCCUUGGUGGGCCGGCCAGAGCUGGAAAGUCUCAUCGGUCUUUCCUGUACAUCAUUGGACUUGAAAAGCGAAGUGCAGAAGACCAGAGAACUGAUGAUGAAAGUAAGACAACAGAAACAGCUGAAAAAGAAAACACCAAAACACUUCCCAAGAGUGUUCACUCCUGUGCAUCUCCUGGCUUCCACCAAACCCCCAGAGAGACACUUGUCAGGCUUCCGACCAUUGUCCUCUGUUUACCAGUGCUUUUGUAACAAGAUGUACAGGUCAUUUAAAAAAUGACUGCUUUCAACUUACCCAGGGGCUUAAUGAAAUACUUCAACUGGUACAUGAAUAUUCAGGGACUCCUCUGUCAUUUCUACUGGGUUCAAAACUUCCUUGCUCUGUGUCACUUGAUCAUUUAAAUAAUUUGUAGACGGAUGGUCAGGCUAGACUCACUUAGCAACAAUUAUGUUCAAGAGAGGCCUGAGCAGAGUGCUCCGACAUUGCAGAUAGCCAGGUACUGUGUAUGUGCUGAUGACAACAAAAUGGAAAAGAAAGACUGUAAUAAUUCUGACUGGUUUUCUCUGCAGAAGGUAUUGAUUAUUUGUGUGUGGUGAGAGAUUUGGAAAAUUCAAUUAAAGGACUUGUGCAAAGGUUUCAUAAAUUCUCCUUCUCCAGCGUGUACACAGACAUUGUUGCGUAUUAAAUCAAUGCAGCACUUCACAAUAUAUUUUCUUUGAAACAUAAAAAUAAAUAACAUUUAAACAGUUCUGCUUACUACAGAAACAAAUUUGAUUCUGUGAGAAGCAUUUCGUCAUGUGCUAUCACUGACUCACACACAUUUGCCCGCUCUAACAAAUUUUACCGACAUUUUCUCCAGAGACAUAUCUCAGAUGCUGUGAAUGUUUAAAUGAGCAGAUGGGCAAGAAGGGAUGUCAGCAAUAUAAAAAUUGAUCAGUUAAAAGAUAAAAGCAUAAGUAAAGAGAUUUGUAUGGUAGUCUUAAUAGGUUUUAUUAAAUAAAAAUACUAUAAAAAGACAGUAAUGAAUAGACCGAAGGCUUUAACUGUGCUUGAGGUGGAGAAAAUUAUUCUGCUACAUUUAGGAGAAGAUUGGUUUUAUAUCACCUGACAGGUGAACAUUUUUUUUCCUGUUUUAGCUCUGUAAAUGUUAUAGAGUACUAGAACUUGUCUUUCCUCUGUCCUCUCCAACCUCACCCCACUCACCUAAAACUCCCCCCAAUUUAAGAGGAUAGACAAGGUUUUGGGGUUGGUGGUUUAUUUUCAUAUAUAUACAUAUACACACACACACAUGUAUAUAUGUGUGUGUAUAUAUAUAUAAUCUGUGAAAUACAUAAUAAUACUGGUGGGUUGCAUAGUAAUUAAGAGUAGGGAGGGGAAUGGAAGAGACAUUUGAUUGAUUUUAGGCCUCACAUUGAAGAAAAAAAUUGGUUUUAUUCAAAUCAUAAGGGAGGGGAAACAAUCCAGAGGAAAGCCAAGAUUUUCACAUUAGUCACUUAGAAAUUAAAUUCAACUAUAAUCUAGAAGAAAGUAGAGGGGCAGCUAGGUGGUG